UAAUGUUUUUUAAAGGAGGGAAGUUAAAGUUUCGAGGUGAUAUUUUGUAAAGGGGAGAGUAGCCAUGUCUUUGUUUAAGAUGAGGGACUGGUGGUCUACUGUGUCUGGAUACGAGGAGUUUCAUACUAACGGCUCACUGACAAUAGCACCAGUAGCCACAGAAACUGAGAACAAAAAUGUCAUCAUAGUUGGUAGUUUUAGUUCUAUACUAAGAGUAUACGGACCCACUCAAGGCUCCUUCUCUCCCGAUCACUUGCUUCUUGAAACCCAGUUAACCCAACCCAUUAUUAGCCUGGGGAUAGCCAAAGUUAAGAGCACUCUCCCAUCUCUCCUGGUCGUCCUUCAUCCAAGAUUACUAGUAUUCUACUCUUUGUCUCUUAACUCCGGUCAAGUUGGUCUAACAGCUUUUAGUCAGCACUCACUUAGCCACACCUCCCACAGUAUGGUCAUUGGAGGGUUCGGUAAAAUUACUGAGCAGCUGGUUUGUGUCCAAUCGCUUGACGGUCAGCUAUCAGUUUAUGAUCACAACAGUGAAAUACUUCGUUAUAAUUUGCCGAAUUUCUUGUUGCCCGGACCCUUUGUUUAUGUUUUUCGUACCGAUACUUUUCUUGUGUCCAGUAGUGGGCGGAGCCUUGAUGCAUAUAGAUACCAGACACUCUCAAGUGGGUCAAAGGCAAGGAAGAGUAAAUGUGAUUGGUCUUUGCUACUAAACGAACCAGUUGUUGAUAUGAAAGUCAUUUCAUCUGACGGAGGUCCCUGGUAUAUUAUGGUACUCGGAGAGAGGAACUUGUAUUGCUUGGAAGAUCUCGGUAUCGUUUUGUUUUCAAAGAAAUUGGAAUCUUAUGCCACCUGCAUUCUUCCUUAUAAAUACAACAGUUCACCAGUGCCUACUAUUAAUUACAUCAUGGCCGGUCACUCCCAGCAGCUGCAAGUGUUCAGUAAUCAAGUGAUGGUUUGGUCAGCUCAACUCUCUCAUCCUCCAGUAUCACUCGCUGUCGGGAAAUUUGAUGAUCUGGAUGGUCUUAUAGUGACCCUUGAUGAAGUAGGCCACGUUCAGUGUAGCUACCUUGGAACUGAUCCGACUGGUUUCACUCAAUCUAUUGUACCCAAUCACUCAGUAUCUACUGUUAAAGAGCUUGAAGAAGAAUUAAAAGCUUGGCAGACAACCAUUGAUGGACUUCAAGACAAUGAUGUUUCAGAAUUUGUUCAAGAGAAGACGCUUGUUGAAGUCAUUGCCGUUAGUUACGAGGAGCCACGCCCACUUGAAACGGACGAGGGAGAUGAUGUCAGUAGGCGUUGUGUUGAAGCUAAAAUAAAAAUAAAAUCUUCCGUUGAUAGUGUCAGUGCCCAUAUUGAUUUAGCUCUUCCUCUUUCAGUUCAUCCUUCAAAUUUUACCUGCCAAUCAGGCAUUCAGGAGGUUGAUUUGACCUUUGUGUGUUCUGGUGACCUUUUGACCUUUCAGACUGAAGCACAUGUGAUCAUGACGUAUUUGAAAGGUCAAGAUCAGACACAUAGGAUUGACCACACCCUCUCUCUACCUCUCGGACUGCUCUGCAUUCCAACAAAACCACAAGAUGGACAGCAUAAGAUAACUUUGGACUCCACCCACAAUUGCGUCUCAAUGUCACUCCUUUAUCCUUAUAAGGAAGCAGGAGGAGGAGAAGCUCCGCCCUCCAAUGCUGUCGCCUUUCGUACCCUCAAUGGUGACAUUGUGACAAUAAUAUCAUCAAAAACAACAAGUCGGUAUAGAUUACAGUCCGACUCGUUUCCCUCUCUAUAUCUUUUUGCUAAUGAUCUAGUCAACAGAUUAAAGAAACAUUUUGAAAAGAAAAAGGAUUUCAGUCUUUCUGUUCCUGGUCUUCCAUUGCCGGAAUACUUUGAUGCUAUAGAGCAACAUCACAGAUCAAGGAUGGCCUUGCAACAGUGUCAGGAGCUACUAGGGAAACACUCUCGUCAGUUUCGGGCUAUACAGAAGAGACUCUUGGCUCGUUUUAGAGAUAAAACCCCAGCAGGACUGGCUCACCUUGAUACCCUUCUGGAUGGGACUUUCAUGCAACUAAUGGCUUUGACAGAGAAGUGUGAACAGCUCAAAGCUGAAGAAGAGAGGUCCAUGAGAGAGCUAAAUUGUGUCAGCCAUCUUGUGAUAUUACUGCUAUCACUCUCGUCCCAUAUAACCAGUGAUGACACUGAUGUAUUGAAGAGUGUUCUAUUGUGUAAUGGAACCUCUGAUCAAGGAUGGGAGGAGCUUGUUGAUGUAGGCGUGACACACCUCCUUCGUUUUAAUCUUGCCAAAUCACAAAAAGAAGAAACUGUAUCUCUUCCGGACUUGACUCCGCCCAUUGACUGCAAGCGAUUAAAAAGGCACCUGGCCCUGCUCUGCGAUAGGCUCGUUAAAGGCGGGCAUGUCGCACCGUCAACGGCAACCCGUUCACUAAAUGCCACGCCUCAAAAUGGCCACCUACCAACGCUAACAGAAGAAAAUGAGAACUAGUUAAGACUACUGAGUUAAUAAGUAAAAAACACAUUUGUCGUUUAAGAUUCUUUCUGAAAGUGAAUACCUACUUUUUAUUAUAAAGUAACAGCUUUUAGAAAUACA